AUGGACCUAGACUACGAGUUCCAGGUGUUAGUCGGUCAUGGCGAAACACCCAUCCAAAUUCCACCGCGGCCAUCAAUUUCCUUCCAGCUCUACAACGUGAAUCGAUUCUGCAUCGAUCUGGGAGAAGAAACCGACGCGGUGGCCGACGACGAAUUCAGCCUCGUGGCCUUCAAGACUCUGUCACUGAACCCCACCCAGUCCUUUACGUCCCACCAAGUAUACUACGAGAUAUCAGAGAUACUCUCCGACUCCGGCGUCCCCGAAAAUAUAAACAACGCGAUCGUGUACGAUAUCUGGUCGAAGGCUAACUCGAGGCCGGCGGUGGGCUCGGUUGUGGUGGCGGUGGCUGCGGUGACAUGGAGAGUUUGCAGGUGCGAUGAAGCGGUAGAGAAAGUGAGAUGGGCGCCGGCGCCGGAGGAGAAUGGUGGCGUUAAUCAAGAAGUAUGCGCUGUUUGCAUGGAAGAAUUCGUCGGUGGAUCGGAUAUCCGCCGGACGGCGUGCUUUCAUCUUUAUCAUCCGAUGUGUAUAGCCAAGUGGCUGCUUAUCAACCAGAGUUGCCCUCUCUGUCGUGUUCCCAUUCUGCACUCGAAUUACGCUCGAUCUUCGUCAUUCACAGUCACUCGUAUAUAG